UCCAGUUUCUCCAAAACCAGUUUGCCGUGUACCAACCCAUUAAACCAGUAAGAAUCAUUUAAGCCUUUUGCUGUUGAACUGUUUACAUGCGUGAUGCUGGUUCUGCCGCGACUGCCCCGCUGGACGAGGCGGUCAUUACGGUCCUGUCCUUGGCUCGACUCCCCGCUGGUUGCGGCGUGUAAGAGGCGGGUGUUCACCGUUUCGCUGCCGAAGAAAGACGUUUACACCGGGCUGUCCCUGGCUCUGUUCGUGCUGCACUUCGGGGUCCUCCUGAGCGAUCUCACCCAGCACCAGGUGGCGCAAACAGCGGAGCGCUCCAGCCACAGAUACACGGUCACGCUUAUGCUGUCCCAUGUGAUGAGUUUCUACCUGUCUCUGCUGGGCUCGGUGUACUCCCUGCAGACUGGGGCCCGGAGGCUGAGCGUUGUGGCCCUCGUAUCAACCUGCAAGUACUGCCGGGGGCUCCGCUAG